AUGGCUAUAUCAUGUCCGGAGAAAGUGAGUGUUUGUUACAACUGUUACCGAACGGGUCACAAUAGAUCGGAAUGCCCGGAAUUGGUUGGAAAGAAAGAUGGGCAAGACUCGAAAGGCGAAGCCCCGAAAGCAAAAGCCAGAUCUUUCCAAUUGACUGCCGCUGAAGCAAAAGUUGAACCUGAUGUGGUCUCAGCUCAAGACCGACAAAAGUCGUACGCUGAUAAACGGAGAAGACCAAUUAAAUUUCAAGUCGGUGACAAAGUCAUGCUCAAGGUGUCCCCAUGGAAGGGAGUUAUCCGGUUCAGAAAGAAAGGGAAAUUGAGCCCAAGAUUUAUCGGACCGUUUACGGUUAUCGAACGGGUGGGAAAAGUAGCUUAUCGUCUUAAUCUACCGGAGGAACUAAGCAGAAUUCAUAGCACAUUUCAUGUGUCACAUCUUCGAAAAUGUCUAGCGGAUGAGACAACUUAUAUCCACUACGAUGAUAUCGAGGUGGAUGACAGAUUAAACUAUGUGGUAAAACCUGUUGCGAUUCUGGACCGUAAGGUGAAAACCUUAAGGAAUAAAGAGAUCAAUCAAGUAAAGGUCAAAUGGGAACGCAAGAAGGGUGCAGAUACCACAUUGGAAUCCGAAGAGGAAAUGCAACGGCUUUACCCUACUCUAUUUGGUAUGUAA